AUGAAGAUAUGGUUGACUGAUACGAAGACUGAUGAGGCCAAAGACUUGUCGUGGAGCGUAUUCUUAGUAUGUAAACUUGGAAUAUAUGAUAUGAGAUGGAUGGAGAGUUUCUUGGUGGACGAGGAGAAUAAAAAAAUCUUGUGUUGUUAUUUAGACGUUGAAGAUAGGACCAGAAUUUACAUUGUUGGAGAGGAUACAUAUAAAAAUGUCUAUAUAGAGGUUUCAAAGGGGUCACGAUCACGUGUUACUCCACGUCUCUUAAGUUAUGUUCCGAGUUUGGUUCAAAUUCCACAAGUCAGGGUAAUCCUUGCUGCAAAAGAAAAAGGGGAUUAG